CCCAUCUACCGAGAAAAAAAAAAAAAAAAAAAAACCCAUUUUCGUUCCAGAGAAUCCAAGCGAAAGAAAAAGCAUCAUGAUUAACUCAAAAGCCGAAAGGCUGGUAAGGAGGACGACCAUGGUGGCCAUUGUCACUGCUCCCUAUUUCAUCUUGACUGCUGAUUACGGCUCCGAGCCCAACGCUCUCGACCCUUUCACUGAUGUUGAAACGAUGUUUUCUCCAACAAUUUUUGCCGACCGUAGUUUGUCUUAUCUUAUGAGUGACAAGCCUCAGGAAGCUCUCAACAAUGCAAUGCAAGCACAAGUAGUUUCCCAGUCUGGCACUUUGUAUCUUAUCUUUAGGCUGCUGCCCUUUCGGCCCCUUGGAAUGGACAGUGAAGCUCAAGCAGCACUUGUUAUGAACUCUGCGCCCUAGACCUGAUUCAAGAUAGAAAUCUUCAGAUGCUGACAGAUUCUUGCUUGGAAGGACACCUUUCUAGUGAUGAUGGUACUGAGUUGGCACACUUGGCUUCACAAUGUUUACAAUCUGAACCCUGAGAGCGACCAAAUCCAAAGUCAUUAGUUGCGUCUUUGACUCCUCUUCAGAAAGAAACUGAGUUCAUUGAUUUUGGAACAAUGGUUUCUCCAACAAUUUUUGCCCGGCGUAGUUUGUCUUAUCUCAUGAGUGACAAGCCUCAGGAAGCUAUAAACAAUGCAAUGCAAGCACAAGUAGUUUCCCCACUGUUUGAUAUCCUUUCCUAUUAUAUUCUGAUUGUAUUCAUUUAUUUUAUUUAUUACAAACGAUGUAUGUUGACUCCAUCUGUUUGAUAUCCUUUCCUAGUA